CUUCCAGAAUUUCAACCUCACUCAAGGUCCACCAGUUUCUUCACUCCAGCAGUCAUGAUCUUAAGUAUUGCCCUCAUUUGGGCCAUAGUGGUAGGGCUCUGUUGUUGUCUUUGGCUUAUCACAGGAAUACGCAGAAGACAGCCUGGGGAGCCUCCAGUGGAAAAUGGCUUGAUCCCUUACCUUGGUUGUGCUCUUCAGUUUGGGGCCAACCCUUUGGAAUUUCUUCGGAGCAGACAGAAGAAAUAUGGUCACAUUUUUACAUGCAAAAUUGCUGGGCAGUAUGUCCAUUUCCUCUGUGAUCCAUUCUCCUACCAUGCUGUCAUCCGCCAAGGAAGGCAUCUGGACUGGAAGAAAUUUCACUUUGAUGCCUCUGCAAAGGCAUUUGGUCAUGAAAGCAUGGAUCCUAGCCAUGGUUACACCACAGAGAAUCUGCAUCAGACCUUCCUCAAGACCCUGCAAGGAGAGGCCUUGCCUUCUCUAAUUGAGACCAUGAUGGAAAACCUGCAAAGCACCAUGUUGCAACCAGGCAUGCUGAAGGCAAAACCCUCUGAGUGGCAGACUGAUGGUAUCUUUGCCUUCUGCUACAAGAUCAUGUUUGAAGCAGGCUACCUGACCCUCUUCGGAAAGGAACUGGAUGGGGACCAGACUGUUGCACGUCAGCAGGCUCAAAAAGCUCUGGUGCUCAAUGCUCUGGAGAACUUUAAAGAGUUUGACAAAAUCUUCCCUGCUCUGAUCGCUGGACUCCCCAUUCAUGUUUUCAAAAGUGCCUACAGUGCCCGUGAGAACCUAGCCAAGACUAUGCUCCACGAGAACCUCAGCAAGCGCGCCAAUGUGUCUGACCUUAUCUCGUUGCGCAUGCUCUUGAAUGACACACUAUCUACCUUCAACGAGCUGAGCAAAGCCAGGACCCAUGUGGCAAUUCUGUGGGCUUCCCAGGCCAACACUUUGCCUGCCACCUUUUGGACUCUGUUCUAUAUGAUCAGGUGCCCUGCGGCCUUGAAGGCUGCAAGCGAGGAGGUGAGGAGAACUUUUGAAAGUUCUUAUCAGAAAGUUGAUCCCACAAAAAAUCGACUUGUACUGACAAGGGAACAAUUGGACAAUAUGCCCAUUCUAGACAGUAUCAUUAAAGAGGCUAUGAGAUUGUCCAGUGCAUCCCUAAACGUGAGAGUGGCCAAGACUGAUUUCCUUCUUCACCUGGACAACAAAGAGUCUUACCACAUCCGCAAAGAUGAUGUAAUAGCUUUGUACCCCCCGAUGCUUCACUUUGAUCCUGAGAUCUAUGACGAUCCUCUGACAUACAAGUUUGAUAGAUACCUUGACGAGAAUGGACAGGAGAAGACCAGCUUUUACAGAAAUGGACGCAAGCUUCGUUACUAUUACAUGCCCUUCGGCUCUGGGGUGACAAAGUGUCCGGGCCGCUUCUUUGCUGUGCAUGAGAUGAAGCAGUUUCUUUCUCUAAUUCUCUCGUAUUUUGAGAUGCAACUUUCGGACUCUGAUGUGAAAGAACCGCCACUGGACCAGUCUCGAGCCGGCCUGGGUAUUCUGCAACCUACCCAUGAUGUCGAAUUUCGAUACAGACUCAAAACGUAAUAAGGAUCGAACACUUAUUUAUUGACUCAACCGUGAACUGUAAAUAAUGUAUAUUUUGUGUCAUAUCCAGCCAGAUGAAUGUAAAUAGGAUUCAGUUGUUUUUUCCAAACUUCCUAAAAUCUCUCACAUAUCAGCUUGAAAAGAAGGAAGAGGUGGCCUGGGUAGCUCAGCGAGUAAAGACGCUGACUAACACCCCUGGAGUUGCGAGUUCAAAUCCAGGGUGUGCUGAGUGACUCCAGCCAGGUCUCCUAAGCAACCAUAUUGGCUCAAUUGCUAGGGAGGGUAGAGUCACAUGGGGUAAUUUCCUAAUGGUCACUAUAAUGUGGUUCUUGCUCUUGGUGGGGCACGUGGUGAGUUGUGCGUGGAUGCCGCAGAGAAUAGUGUGAAGCCUACACGCGCGCUACAUCUCUGUGGUAACACGCUCAACAAGCCAAGUGAAAAGAUGCACGGAUUGAUGGUCUCAGACAUGGAGGCAACUGAGAUUCAUCCUCCGCCACCCAGAUUGAGUCACUAUGUCACCAUGAGGACAUUGGUAGGCAUUGGGAAUUGGGUAUUCCAAAUUGGGGAGAGGAAAAAAAAAAGACACUCCUUUUACAAUUUUAGUUACAUUUACUGCACUUGAGCCGUGUCCAUAGCAUUCAACUCAAUUUCUGAUUUGUAUAACAACUGGCCAAUAAACAAAUAUGCUAUUGUACAUUAAUUUGAAAAUGUAAUCAGUACCAGCCUGUUUCAUUGGCUUUUUUUCAAUUUUUCUUAUGUUAUGUGCUUUAUAAUGCUUGUGUGCAUAUUGAAUUAUUAACCUAAACAUCAGAGUGUGUUUUUUAUUCUUUAAAUGCACCCAUUUAAGGGAACCAACCAAGAUUUCAUAAAAAAAGAGAAAAAA